UUAUAAAUCAAUGGCCAAAUUAUUAUACAAAUAACAGUUUUAUAAAUGAUUGCGAUAACAACAAUGACUGUCAAAUCAAAUACAGUCAAAAUAGGCACACAAUGUGUUGGCGACACACAUGUAUGUGCCAACGGGUGCAUAACGAUGAACAUAUAUCUAUGUCAAUGAGACCAUGUCUACAUGAUCUUCAAUAUAGAGCACCGGUAUGUACCUGGUUUGACAAUGACAUUAAUUAUCGACAACUUAUUUUGGGUAUACUGUGCACGUGUUUGGUUAAAAACUUGAAUGAUAAAUACGAUCUGCAAACGUGUUAUAAACAAUAUCGAUAUUUUAAUGAGUAUAAUGAUUGCCGGCGCGAUGGAGACUGUCCAUCUAAAUACAGUUGCUAUAAUAAUGAGAUUCUAGCUGAUAUAAAUGAUCAUGGUAAUAGUGGUACAUAUGAUUGUAUGAUUAAUCCUUAUUUUACAUAUCAAAUUGUCAACACUAUUAAGCCAACAAUUAAAUUAAAAACACAAACUACUACUACUACUACUACUACUACUACUACUACUACUGCUAUUAAUACGCUAUCAACAAUAACAAUAGAGUCAAAACAACAAUCUGAUGAUAAUAUUAAAGCUAAAAUAGUGACUGAAUCGACAAAUAAUGUGCAAAAUACUGGACAAAAAUUGUCACAAUUACUUCUUAUACCUCCUCUUCAACCACAACAACAACAACAGGUUAUACCAACAGAACAAAUGACACCAUUUUCUAAUAAAAACUUAAUUCACGAACAAACUAAUGGCAUAAAUAAUAAUUUAAUAAUACAAGUACUCAACCCUACAAACAACAUAACGACACCAAUUGAACGAGUAUUAGAAAAUCAACAAACAUUAAACAAUCAGCAACAACAACAACAAUUAGCCCCUCUAAAUGAUCAUGAUCAAUUUUAUAGGAUUCAUAUGGAUAAUGGAAAGCCAGAUAUAGUAAUGUCUAAAAUUGAUUCAGAAUUAUGGCUCAAGUAUGAGAUUAUUGGUAAAAUUGGACAUGGUGGUUUUGGGGUUGUUAUGAAAUGCAAGGAAAAAUUAACACAACAUGAAUUUGCAGUUAAAAUUAUAAGAAAAACUGUUUUGGGUAUUAAUGAGUUGAAGACCUUGGUUACAAUGAAGUCACCCUUUAUUAUUGAUUAUAAGCACAGUUGGAUUGAAAAUGAUAAUAUCGAGUCGGAAACUGUUUUAAAUACUACUAAUGGUGUUAACAAUAAUAAUAAUACAAACACAGUUAUCUUGAAAAAAUAUCUUUGCAUUAAAAUGGAUCUGGCUAAUGGAUCGUUACAUGAAGUAAUUACCAUGCUCAAAUCUUUAUACACUUACAAUAAUCAAAUGGCCGCACAAUUGCAUCACAUGUUCAUAGCCUGUGAACUGUUCAAAGAGAUAGCUCAGGGAAUCAAUUAUCUUCACUCACAGAUACCGCCAAUACUUCACUUAGAUCUCAAACCACGAAAUAUAUUGAUAUUGAUUUCUGAACCGUCGACUAUUGUGUGUAAAAUCUGCGACUUUGGACUCGCCGUUCACUACAUCAAGAAAGACAGUCAGACACCCAAUGAAUCACCCGAACAGUUAGCACCGGGCGGUACGAGAGCCUAUAUGGCACCGGAAGGUCUGGAGGGUGGUGUCAAAGCAGACAUCUAUAGUUUUGGUGUUGUAUUACGCAAUUUGUUUGACCACUUUGUGGCCAAUGACGAGUCAAAGAGUAAUCAAUCAUUAGUACUAAGCGACCAAUUAUUUCAAAUAUUGUCAAAACAGAUACAAGAACUGAAAAAUAUGUUUAACAAUAUGACACACGGAAUGUAUAAUAUUAGACCAUUUAUACAACAAAUCAUUAAUAGUCAACAGGAAUGGGAUUGCGAUGGAAAUCAUGUGCUAAACAAUAGACAAGAUAUUGUUAAUAUGUUAACCAAUACUAACAAUCAGUUACUAUUGAAAUUGUUUCGACUUAAAUGUCAAUUCAAUUCCGAAUGUGAUAAUAAUAAUGACUGUCAACUAAAAUACAGUCAAUUGGGUUACACAACAUGUUGGCGACAUAUAUGUAUGUGUCUAAGGGUACAAAAUUAUGAACCAAAAGCCAUGUUAUUUAGUAAAUGUUCGCAUGAAGUUCAAUAUAGAGCACAGGUAUGCAACUGGUUUAACAAUGACAUCAAUUAUCGAAAACUUAUUUUGGGUAUGAUGUGCACAUGUUUGGUUAAAAAUGUCCAUGAUAACUAUAAUCUAGAAACAUGUUACAAACAAUAUCAACAUUUUAAUGAAUAUAAUGAUUGCCUGAGUGAUAGAGACUGUCCCAAUAAAUACCGAUGUGUUAAACAUAAUCAACUUACACAUUGUUUACCUGAUAUUAAACUUAAUAUAACCAAUACUAAUGUUUUCACUAAUAUAACCGAAAAUUGCUAUAAUAAUAAAAUUCUGGCUAAUAUUGAUAAUUAUGGUAUUAAUGGUACAUAUGAUUGUAUGGAUAAUCCUUAUUUUAUAUCACAAAUUGUCAACACUAUUAAGCCGACUAUUACACUAAUAAAACAAACUACUAUUAGUACUAUUACAACAUUAUUAACACUACCUAUAAAGACAAAAACAUUGUUAUCAGAGAUAUAUCAAAACAGUGACAAUAAUAAUAGACCAGAAAUAACAUCAAAUGGAUUGAAUCAAACUAAUAAUGCAAAAAAAUUAACUCAAUAUACAACACAAAGACAACAACAACUACAACAAUCAUUAACUAAUCAUGAUCAAUUUUAUAAAAUCAAUGUAAAUGGAAAGUUAGAUAUAUUAUUGUGUAAAAAACAAUCGGAAUUGUAUCGCAAAUAUGUUAUUAUUAGCAAAAUUGGACAUGGUGGUUUUGGGGUUGUUAUGAAAUGCCGAGAAAAAUUAACACAACAUGAAUUUGCCGUUAAAAUUAUUAGAAAAACUGCUUUGAGUUUAAAUGAGUUGCAAACAUUGGUUGAAAUGAAGUCACCCUUUAUUAUUGAUUAUAAGCACAGUUGGAUUGAAAAUGAUAAUAUCGAGUCGGAAACUGAUCCAAAUACUACUACUGAUGUUAAGACAAACACAAUUGUCAUAAAUAAAUAUCUGUGCAUCAAAAUGGAUCUGGCUAAUGGAUCGUUACAUGAAUUGAUAACCAUGCUCAAAUCAUUAUACAAUUACAAUAAUCAAAUGGCCGCACAAUUGCAUCAUAUGUUCAUAGCCUGUGAACUGUUCAAAGAGAUAGCUCAGGGAAUCAAUUAUCUUCAUUCGCAGACACCGGCGAUACUGCACUUAGAUCUCAAACCACGAAAUAUAUUGAUAUUGAUUUCUGAACCGUCGACUAUUGUAUGCAAGAUAUGUGACUUUGGACUCGCCGUUCACUACAUUAAGAAAGACAGUCAGACACCCAAUGAAUCACCCAAACAGUUAGCACCGGGCGGUACGAGAGCCUAUAUGACACCGGAAGGUCUGGUGGGUGGUGUCAAAGCAGAUAUCUAUAGUUUUGGUGUUGUAUUACGCAAUUUGUUUGACCAUUUUGUGGCAAGCGAUGAGUCUAAGAGUAGUCAACCGUUAGGAUUGAGCGUUAAUUUGUUGCCAAUUUUGUCGAAACAGAUAAGCGAACUGAAAGUGUUGUAUAAUAAUAUGACACACGGAGUGUAUAAUAGUAGACCGUCUAUACAACAAAUCAUUGAAAUGCAAAAACACUGGGAUUGCGAUCAAAAACAUGUGAGGAAUAGACAAGACUGUACGACAGUUACUAUGUAUUAA